AUGCUUUUCACUACUCAUAAGCCCUCCGAAGCGAGUAAGUUUGGUGAUCUCGGUCUGCCCGAAACCUUCAGUCGCUUGCGCCUUCUCUGUUUGUGGAGUACUGACAGAAUCAAUUGGAAUGUUCAAUUAGGAUACGUAACUGAAGAAAAGGUUACAAUUCCUGCUGCUCAUUGA